AUGGAAUCUAUCAAUUUAAAACCCAACGAAAUUUUUGACGCGUUUGCCCCUCGUGUUCCGACGGGAGAGGCGGAGGUCGGAGGGCGCAAGCCCAACGACGGUGAGGCGGUGGAGAAGUGCAUGGGCGACAGGCCCAUGCAACCAGAGUCGGCCGCCAUUGCCCGUCUGGAAGAGGAGAGAAAGAAGUGGCGCGAAAACAGCGAGCGCCUGGAGGAGAGCGUAAAGCGGCUAGAAGAGGAAAACUCCUCCCUCCGCCGUCGGCUCGAGGACCUGGAAGCGUCAAACAACUCCAGGACCACCACGGAGGACAUGCUGGCCAUGGUGGAGGCAAGGGUGCAGGCCCGACUAGACGAAGAGAAAAUCCACCCCGGGGAUAUACAACUCCCCGUGACAGGGGGACUGGUGGGAGGCCCGCAGCCCAAGACCAAGAAGGAGAAAGGGAAAGGCAAGAAAACAGCCUCCGCUCACCCAACCCCCGCUCCCGUGGCCGGACCAUCCAGCGCGCCGCUGCAAGACAUCGCUGGGCCCUCCACGGCGGCGGCUGGCAGCCCAGCACAGCCUGCCACCAAGAGAAAGCAGGCGAAGACCGCCCCAAAUAACAAAACAGCGUCGGGCCCCAAGCCCCAAAAGGGCGUUAAGAAGACGGCACCGCCCCCUCCGGAACCCCGCCCAUUGCCGCCAGCUCCGGCCUCAAUGGAGGCACCGUGGACUGAGGUCGUAAACCGGAAAAGAACAAGACCAGCGCGACUAGAACCCCCGGCGCCGCGGCAACCGGCAAAACGCCCCGAGCCGAAGCUCCGGCCGCCGAAGUCAGCCGCAGUCACCAUCUCGCUGACACCUGCGGCCAUUGAGAAAGGCCUUACCUACGCUGGGGUGCUAACAAACGCCCAACAGCGAGUGGACCUUAGUGGCCUCAAUAUAGACAGGCUCAAGCCGAAAUACGCGGCAACGGGGCCAUGCUUUACGAGGUCCCAGGAGCCGAAUCGGAACAGAAGGCCGAUGCCCUAG